AGUGAUAAAUUAAUACGCAAUUAUGAGAUAACACAAAAUUAUGUAAAAUAUUAAAUUAUAACAAGUUAUCGGCGUUGUCCUUGCAAUAGCCUUUGCGAUAUUAGCAAAUCACUUGUGAGUGAUAAUUAGUGCAAAAGAGACGCGACUCUUAAAAAUAUUUUUAUUAUUAAAUGUGACACUGAUAGUGCUUUAAACAAGUAUGGCGAUUGAGGAAGUCAGACAGCGGAUCAUUAAAGAUGAAAACAACAACAAAAUAAAAGAAGUAGAAGAGAAGAAGUCCAGAUACUUCGACCCGUUGACCGAUGGCGUCAGAUGGAUCGAGAAAUACGCAGAGUCUCUGGAGAAGUUCUUCGAAAGAUUACCAGAGUUUAUCAGCACAUUUAUUGCAACCUUUGCAGUGUUUACAUUUGGUGCUACUCUUAGAGGAGAAUGGGUGGUGAUCCUAGUAACAGCCCUGAAGCAGAUCACAGGGCACACCCAGACGGGUAACGUGACGGCCGAGGAGAUCUACAAGCUGUUCACUUCGGAAAACUUAAAGAUGGAACACUUCAGCUACAUAUUCAUAGCAGCACAUACCGUAUCCUUCAGCAUGUAUUUCUUGAUUGGAGGAUUUUUGCAUUGGUACUUCUAUAUGAACAGAAAACAUGUCGCUCAGGAAUGGAAGAUCCAACCCAACAAAUGGCUCUCCCCGGAGUUAGAGCGCCACGAAAUCAUGGUGGGAACGCUUUCAUUGCUGAUUACCGGCUCCUUCUCCGCUUUCCUGGCCUGCUACAUCUUGAAUGGAAACCCCUCCACCGUGUACUACCAAUUCGAUGAGUACGGCUGGUUAUGGUUCUUCCUGCAGUUCCCAUUGAUCUUCAUUUAUACAGACUACACCACCUACAUAUUGCACCGUCUGUACCACACCCCAUGGCUGUACAAGCACUUCCACAAGCUCCAUCAUAAGUACAAGCAGCCGACCGCGUUCUCCGUCACCGCCAUUCAUCCAGUGGAGAUCAUGCAUGUCCAGCUCACAAUGUGUCUGCCACUCUUCACCAUACCAGUGCACUGGGCGCCGUUCUACGUAGUGGCUAUCUACAACUACUACCACGGUAUCAUUGACCACUCGGGCAUCAAUUUCAAGGCGCAGUGGUGGCAGCCGUGGCAGCCUGACGCAGAGUUCCACGACCAGCAUCACGAGUUCUUCCACUGCAAUUUCGGAUUCAACAUGUCUUUGUGGGAUAGGCUGCAUGGCACUGCAAGGAAGAUGAAUACCGUUUACACAGAAGAGACUUUCCACGGAGAAGCUCCGUCCAUAGAAACGCAGGAAGCCAAAAAGCUCUUAGAGAAAGAUCCUGAGCUAGUCGAGAGUAUCAAUAAGCCAAGCGUGUUCAACAAGACUGAACUCAACAAAACAACGUGAUUAUCUAGCUCCAUGAGAUUAGACAAAUUUUAGAUAUUCAUAGUUUAACGUUGUUGUAGUGUAACCUUGUUUCGUGUGAUAAAUUUUGGUCAUCAGUAGGUACUGUAACUAUAAAUUAUUUUGGAUUUUGUAGACAAAAUUUGCUUAUAAACAUGUAACUACGUUGGCUUUAACCGUAACACUCGUACAUAGUUGGUAAUUUGUUCUCCUUCACUCUAAUGCUAAAGCACUGGAAGUAAUUUUACAUGCAAAAAUCAAAAAGUUAUGACGAGAAGUUACUACGUCUUUCUUAUGUUAACUAAAGUUUCUCAUUAAACUUAAAGUUUCCCGAAAUAAUAGUAAUUUCUUUAACAAAACCAUGUUAAAAAACAUAUCUUCAAUGAGUGUUUCACAAUUGUAAAUCGACCUCGUGUCGAACCUUGAUUUGGAAAUUAAAUCACAUUUAAAUUCAGCAAAGUAAAAUAUUUUUUUAUUUUAUAACAUUGUAUAAGUUACUCUUAAAUAUGAAAAUUACAAUAGUAUAUUAUAAAUGUAUAAAAUGGCGCCAUGGUUGGAGGCCAUAGGUUCAUGAAAUAUAUUUUCAAUAUACAAUGUUAUUGAAUGUAGAACGAGACAUUAAACUAAUGCGGUUUUUAAAGCUAUAAUAAUACAAUGUAUAUUGCAAUGCCGAACCAAAAAUUUGGAUUAUAAUUACUGUUACUGUUUUAGAUUCCUCCAAUUAUAAAGGUCUAAAAUCGAUACGGAGGAAUAUUCCAAUUUUUGUUUUAGAAAAUUCUUAUGGAUCUACAAAGGAAUAUCAAUUAGAUCCAGUCGUGAUUGAAGUUUGUAUUAGAAUGUAAGUAUUUAAAUGAAGUGGAGCCUAGCAUAUUAUAAAUAAUAUAAUCGGUGAAGAGUAUAGGUAACAUUAGAUUUCGUAGCUGUUAGUAAAAAUCGCUGUUUCCCCUGUAAAGAUCAAAAAUAACAGCAAUGACAUACGAACAGAUAGAUUUUACUACGAUACCCCUACACAUUGCUUUUUUACCUAAGAUGUUGUAAAAUAUAGUAUUUAUAAUUAUGCACUAUAGUAUUUUAAUAAAAAUAUGUUUUUACAAGAAAAAA